GCUUCUCGCGAGAGUAGGAGUUUUGGCGAGAGUUUGUGGAAGAUGGCGCCUGUUGUGACAGGGAAAUUUGGUGAGCGACCUCCACCUAAGCGGCUCACCAGGGAAGCUAUGAGGAACUAUUUAAAGGAGCGUGGUGAUCAAACAGUCCUAAUACUUCAUGCAAAAGUUGCUCAGAAAUCCUAUGGAAACGAAAAGAGAUUUUUUUGCCCCCCUCCAUGUGUCUAUCUUAUGGGUAGUGGAUGGAAGAAAAAAAAAGAACAAAUGGAGCGAGAUGGCUGUUCUGAACAAGAAUCGCAACCAUGCGCCUUUAUUGGGAUUGGAAAUAGCGACCAAGAAAUGCAGCAGUUAAACUUGGAAGGAAAGAACUAUUGCACAGCUAAAACUUUGUACAUAUCAGACUCGGACAAGCGAAAGCACUUCAUGUUAUCCGUGAAAAUGUUCUACGGGAAUAGCGACGAUAUCGGCGUGUUCCUUAGCAAACGGAUCAAAGUAAUCUCUAAGCCUUCUAAAAAGAAACAGUCGCUGAAAAAUGCGGACUUAUGUAUUGCAUCAGGGACGAAAGUGGCGCUGUUCAAUAGACUUCGGUCCCAAACAGUUAGCACCCGAUAUCUGCACGUAGAAGGAGGGAACUUUCAUGCCAGCUCACAACAAUGGGGAGCAUUUUACAUUCACCUCUUGGAUGAUGAUGAAUCGGAAGGAGAGGAAUUCACGGUUCGAGAUGGCUAUAUCCAUUACGGCCAGACCGUCAAACUCGUUUGUUCGGUUACUGGCAUGGCACUCCCGAGAUUGAUAAUACGGAAAGUGGACAAACAAACCGCUUUGCUAGAUGCAGAUGAUCCAGUAUCCCAACUCCAUAAGUGUGCGUUCUACCUUAAAGAUACUGAACGAAUGUACUUGUGCCUUUCCCAAGAGCGAAUUAUCCAAUUUCAAGCCACUCCAUGCCCCAAAGAACCAAAUAAAGAGAUGAUUAACGAUGGAGCUUCAUGGACAAUCAUUAGCACAGAUAAAGCAGAAUACACAUUUUAUGAGGGGAUGGGACCGGUCCAUGCUCCUGUAACCCCUGUGCCUGUUGUAGAAAGUCUUCAGCUCAAUGGUGGCGGAGAUGUAGCGAUGCUGGAACUAACUGGGCAGAACUUCACUCCAAAUUUGCGUGUCUGGUUUGGGGAUGUGGAAGCCGAAACGAUGUACAGGUGUGCUGAGAGCAUGCUGUGUGUCGUCCCCGAUAUUUCUGCAUUCCGGGAAGGGUGGCGGUGGGUCCGCCAGCCCGUCCAGGUUCCAGUCACGUUGGUCCGCAACGACGGCAUAAUUUACUCCACCAGCCUUACCUUUACAUACACCCCAGAGCCAGGCCCUCGGCCGCACUGCAGUGCAGCAGGGGCCAUCCUCCGAGCCAAUUCAAGUCUCCUGGCAUCCAGUGAAGCAAACACAAACAACGAGGGAAGUUACACAAACGUCAGCACAAACCCCACCAGCGUCACGUCAUCAACAGCCACAGUAGUUUCCUAACCACUGCUCCUUGUGUGGGACUUCUUAAAAACUUUCAAGUGCUUCAAACAACAAAACGGAACUACUACUGUGGUUUCACAGGGGGAGGAAAAGACCCUCUUUGCCGCUCUUUGAACUUUUAUCACCUACAAGUGCUGAUCUCAGUAGAAGCCACAAUAAAAAAGAAAUGCAUGGGGGGCCAGCACCCCUAUAUUGAAAAUCUAUUUUUAGUUGUCUCUUUAAAAAUGGACAUGUAACUACAGUUAAGCAGAAGUGGCUGGGAUUCAAAUUGAACUAGAAAACAUGGACAUAACAUGGUUUUUAUGGACCAAGGAACGCUUUAGUAGAAAAGGUACAUUUUCACCAUGCCUUUUGUAUCACAACAUAUAGUACGCUUUUGUUACCAAAUAGUUUAUAUAUUAUUUUUUUCCCUCUGAGCAUUUGCUCUGAAGUAUAUUCAGGUUCCAAGCCUGACCAUGCUUGUAUAAUCUAAUUACCAUAUUCUUCCAUAUAUGUAUAUGUAUAUGUAUAUGUAUAUGGUCUGUGGCUGGAACUGUUGCAUUUUUUUAAACUGAAGUCUUGUGACUUUUUAUGAACUGAAUUCUGAAUUUUUGUUUUUUUCAGCAAGUAGAACCUUGUAAAGGCCAGCAUAUUUUUUUUAAGAGUAUAUGAAGUUUGUGCAAAAGCUUUAAAAAUGCCUCUGCCUUGCCUGCAAUACAUGCAACAUACAUUGAUUCUAGAGCUACUUUUUCCAUCGUUGUGCAUCGUUCUUAUUUUGUGUGUGUUUUUUUUAAUGUAUUUAUAAUGUUGAUUCCUGAGGUUUUUAACAUUACAAAUGUGGCCUCUUGUGCAGUUAUUUUAACUGCUCCUGCGUCUAAUGUAUGUGAGCGUUUCAAAAGGAUUUGUUCUUCCCUUUCACCAUCAAUACAUACACCAGAAAAAUAUUUUCAGGAUUUCUUCAGGUUGGCUUUAUUUUUAAUUUUGGCUAUACUUGUACAUAAUUUGCUAUUAAUUGUAAGUUAAGUGUGUGUGUGCGUACGUGUGCGUAAUUUGAUUUUU